AAUGUAAGAUACUUUUCACGUGUACCACAAUGUGGCGCUGUAAUACGCUCUAUUUAACAUAUUUGACUACUAUUCAGUAUCAUUUCAAAUAAAGUAAUUAAAAUGCGCUAAAAAAAUUAUAACUUUACAUAAAAGGAUACCUCUAACCACAAAAAUACGUCCGAAUUGACAUUAAAAACUGCUUAGAACAAUGAUAAAAUUGUAUUAGGAAUGGCGCCAAGGUGUCGCCAUUUUCAUAAAACUUUACCAAGACGGUAAAUCGAGAAGGCUGAGGGGAGGAACAAUUCCUCAAAGUGAGUGUGUGCGCUCGAAAAUUGUUGGAAAAAUUGCUAAAAAGCAAGAAUAAUGUACUGGUCCGUGCAUCAGAAAGAAGGGGAUUGAGUUAAAUAUACAAAAAUGCAAGCAGAAAGUAUUUGCACUAAUGAUAUUGAGGGUCUGGACUCAGACACCCUUAUUCCUGUUGAAAUCCUUUCCUGUGAUGUAUCUCAUCGAGCACGUUCUCAAGAUGCCUUAUCAAUAGUGGAAUUAGGAAAGCAGUUACUUUUUAGUGCAAAAUAUGGGGAUACUGACAGUGUCCGUGAUCUAAUGUGCAGAGGUGCACCAUUUACUACGGAUUGGUUGGGUACAAGUGCAUUACAUUUUGCUGCACAAAAUAAUCAUACAGAAACUGCUGAGGUUUUACUUAGAGCAGGAAUUUCAAGAGAUGCAAGAACAAAAGUGGAUAGAACGCCUUUACAUAUGGCUGCAUAUGAAGGCCAUCAUCAGAUGACACAGUUACUUCUUAAUUAUGGUGCAGAUGUCGAUAGCAGAGAUAUGUUAAAAAUGACGCCUUUACAUUGGGCGGUAGAAAGGGAACAUGUAGAAGUAAUGCAUGUUUUAUUAGAACAUGGAGCAGAUGCAAAUGCAACUAGUAAAUUUGAUAAAACACCAAUUAGUCUUGCAUUAGAACAUGAUAGGCUAGACUUAGUAGACAUAUUGCAACAAGAAAGAGAAAUUAUAGGUAUUAGAGCACAUCAACAAAAUCAAGCAAAUUCAGCAGAACUUGAAGUAGCAACUCAUAAUUUAAUACAGUUAGAAUCUGAAAGAGAGGAAGAACAACAAAAAUUUGAACUUCCACAGCAAGAUUCACAACAAAAAAAAAAGAUUACACAAGUGCAAGUGGGAAAAAAGCCACGAAUGAUCUUUCAACAGAUUCAUGUUGGACCAAAUGUUGAUGUUGAUCGAGAAAAAGAAAUCGAAGGUGUGGAUGAAAUUACUGAUACAAAUAAUAUUAAUAAUAGCAAGAAACGCAAAGAUAUUACAACUAUUGGGGGAAUCAACAAAAAAUUUAGGUUAUUAGAAGCACAUGGAAUCACAAUGAUACCUGUAGAUAAUGAUUCAUCUAUUGUUGAAAAUGCAAUGGAAAGUGGAAGAACAGUUGUUUUAACUGAAGCAGGUAAACUUGCUCUAAACUUAACAAGAAAUUCUUCAAUAGGAAUGAAACGACUUCACGUAGCUGGAAAGAAAGGAACUCCUAGGAAAGUGAUAGCAAUUAGAGCAGAUCAAAUUUUAAGUCAUAAUACACCCACCCUCACAUCCAGAGGACCCAAUAUAUUGAAAAGAUCUUCUGUAGAUAAUAAAGCUGGAAAACUGUUUAUUUCUUCAAUUUCUAGUACUACGCCUGUAUCAACACUUACACAAUCGAAAAACUUAAUAUCUCCAUCAGAGAGUAAAAUCAUUAAUUCGCCCGCAAAAAUGACGGAACCAAUAAUUUUACAAUUAGACGAUGAUAUAGAAGAAAUUGUCGAAGAUGAUCCAACGCAUAAUAAUGAACCAGUUAUGGAUAUUGCGUUACUGAAUAGACAAUUGGCAGAAGCACGAAGACAAGCAGCUGAGUAUCGUAAACGGCUUCAAAAAAAAGAGGAAGAAGCUGAAAUAUAUAAACAGCAACUUAAAACUAUUACAGCGCAAAGGGCAUCCAAGUGAUUUUGUAUAAGUAAAUAUUUUAUCUUAAGUUUCAUUUCUUGAGCCCUCUUUUAUAUACAAAAAAUAUCUUCCUUGGCUUUUCAGCUUGGUACAAGAUUUCAUUUGAAAACUAUAUUCUAAUAUUUUAAUAUA